AUGAUGCCGCCAGAUGACAUGCCUGUGAAACCAGCAACAGCCAAAGACCCAGAGAUUCCAGGUUCUUCCGGAAACAGAAAAUCGACAAGGCCAGCACCAGAGCAAGGCCUAAAGUGUCCAAGAUGUGACUCACCCAACACCAAGUUCUGUUACUACAACAACUACAGUCUCACUCAGCCAAGGCAUUUCUGCAAAACAUGCCGAAGGUACUGGACUAACGGUGGAGCCUUGCGUAACGUCCCCAUUGGCGGUGGUUGCAGGAAGAACAAAAAGAUCAAAUCUUCAACAUCAAAACUACUCACAUGUGACUCCAAAGACUCUGGUUCUUCUUCAGAGCUUGGUGGCCUUAGGUUCCUUCACUCUCUUUCACCUUCCAUUGAUUUUCAGCUUGGUGGGUUACCCUUCCCUUCAAGGAUUCAUAACCAUCACCCUCCAACUCCAUCCACUGGUGUCUAUAACCAGUUCUCUUCUUUUGGGGAUGUUUCAGUCACAAGUGCUUCACCUGGCUUUCAACUUGACCCUUCUGGUUCUGCUACCACCUCAAAUUCUUUGAUUGGUCUAAACUACCCCUUUCCUUCUGGAUUCAAUGGUGCAAGUCCAAUGAACUCUAUGAACGUUCAUAGUAGCCUUGCUUCUUCAAUUGAGUCAUUGAGCAAUAUAAACCAGGACUUGCACUUGAAGCUACAACAGCAGCGAUUGGCAAUGAUUUUUGGUGGGGACAGCCAAAAAGCUGAUAGUGGCGUUUCACUUUCUCCACCGGUUAAUAGCAUUGGGAAUCAGAAUAAGUUGCAACCCGUUUUUUUUCAGAACCUUGAGAUUUCCAAGCCAGAGAUUUUGCCAGGUGGCAAUGGUUUCAGAAAGGGUGGUCCAAUUGAGGACACACAAACCGAAUGGUUCUUUGGGAAUUCUUUUUCCUCAGUGAAUCCUACAGCAACAACUUCCAGCAGUGGAGGCAAUGGCCACGAUGGUAAUAAUGCAAACAACAACUGGAGUGGGGUCAAUGCUUGGGAGGAUUUGCAGGUUCAGCAACCAUAUAGUGCUUUGCCCUAG